GUGAUAUCGGGUAUGUAGACGAAAAAGGUCAAACCUACAUCGUCGAUCGUUUGAAGGAGCUGAUCAAAGUAAAAGGUUUACAAGUCGCUCCAGCAGAGCUGGAAGACAUUCUUCUCUCUCACAAGGAAAUCAGCGAUGCUGCAGUCAUCGGUGUGCCUGAUGAGAAAAAAAAAGUUUCCUCCUACAAAUAUCUAACUGGUGGUGUUGUUUUCGUCUCGGAAAUUCCCAAGUCACCUUCUGGAAAAAUCCUCCGUCGUUUUCUACGAGAUCAAGCUGCUCGAGAAUUGUCAUCAAAAUUGUAGUU